UUAUUUUGUUUUUUGCAAAUUGUAUUUAGCUUAACAAACGAAAAUAAAAUGCAUGUGAAUGCUUUGCAAUUGUUAAGAGAUAAUAUUAAUUAAAACCAAAUUGUUGUUUGUGUAUCUUUGUUGGUUGUAUAUCUUUUGUUUGCCUUAAUAAUAAAUGGUCCUAUUAGAUAGUUUUUUUGUGUGGUAAUAUUUUUCUGAUUAGUUUUGUUGUUUCGUUUUGUUUGUUGGAUUUGUGUGCGAGUAUGUGUUUUGAUAGACCUAAAAAAUGCAACACUGCAAAUUGUUAUUACUGUUGUUAUUAUUUGUUGGAGCUCUGAAUAAACGAAACACAAAGUCAGAGAGAGAGUGAAAGAAAAUACGAAAACAUUGAAAAGUGUGGUUAAGUUUAAUGAAAAAGAAAAAUUUAAAUUUUGUUCAAUAAAAUAAUAAUAAAUAUAAAUAACUAAAUGUAUUACUCAAAGUAAAUAUUUUAUAGAUUGAAAACAAAAAGUUGCAAAAAAACAAUUCGUUUAUAUCAGUAGAGCGGUUGCUGGUCAAUAAUUUUCUUUUUUUUAAUUGCGGGUGCUCCAUUUUUGUUUUUCCAUUUUAUACGCGGACAUAUUGCUGCGAAAAUUUUAUUAAAAGCUGUGAAAAUAUUAAGAAAAACUAAAUUUUGUAUUUCUUUAUUGUAAAAAAAAUAAGAAAACAAUUGUGUGUAUAAUUUUGUAUGUGUUGAAUUUAUUUAAUUUGUUGCGGGUCAAAAAUUGAAUGCAGUCAGGUUUGCGUAUUUUGUAAAUAAAGACGCUUAUCAUCAGGCGGUUAUUAUGAAAGGCAACCUGUAUAAAAUGUCUCGUAAUAAGGACAAAUAUGAAAGCGGUAAUCGUAGACAACAGAUCUUUAUGUCACCCGAAGAUGUUGCAGCCGGCAAAAAAUCCAACUGGACUGGCAUUGAGAUAACAGGUGAAAGAAAUUAUUUAAUUAAAUAUAAUUUAAAAUUUUAUAAUAUUUUAUUAUUCUGUUAUGCUUUUCAUUUAGGCUCCGUUCGCAAUAUAAGCCCUUCAUUGUGGGAAUUUGAACAUUUGACAGCUUUAUAUUUAAAUGAUAAUCAUUUGUUACGUUUACCAGCUGACAUUGGACAAUUGGUUAAUCUUCGUACAUUAGAUGUAUCCAGUAAUAAAUUACGUAGUUUACCUGCUGAAUUGGGUGAAUUGAUACAAUUAAGAGAACUUUUGUUAAAUAAUAAUUUUCUUCGUGUUCUACCUUACGAAAUUGGCAAAUUAUUUCAUUUGCAUGUUUUGGGUUUAAUGGGUAAUCCUCUACAAAAGGAAUUUCUAUCCAUUUAUAAUGAACCCAAUGGUACACAAAAAUUAUUAACAUAUAUGUUGGAUAAUUUGUCAAUUUCCGUAACACCACCACCUCAGCGGCCAUGGAUACCAUUGGCGAAGCCUAACAAAUCUAGACCAGCCUGCAUUUUUACCGUCAUGUGUUACAAUGUUUUAUGCGAUAAAUAUGCCACCCGUCAAAUGUAUGGCUAUUGCCCAUCGUGGGCCCUUAGCUGGGAAUAUAGGAAAAAGGCCAUACUCGAUGAGAUACGUCAUUAUUCGGCUGACAUAAUAAGUCUACAGGAAAUUGAAACGGAACAGUUUUACAAUUUCUUUUUGCCCGAAUUAAAGAAUGACGGUUAUGAGGGCAUAUUCUCACCCAAGUCACGAGCCAAAACAAUGUCCGAGAUGGAACGUAAAUAUGUGGAUGGCUGCGCUAUUUUCUUUAGAGCCUCAAAAUUUUCUCUUAUUAAAGAGCACUUGAUUGAAUUCAAUCAACUGGCUAUGGCCAAUGCUGAGGGUUCGGACAACAUGUUGAAUCGUGUUAUGCCCAAGGACAAUAUCGGUUUAGCCGCUUUACUUAAGGUUAAAGAAACUGCCUGGGAUCCCGUUACCGAAGUAACGCAAAUAUCUCAAGCUCUGUUGGUGUGCACCGCUCACAUUCACUGGGAUCCAGAAUUUUGCGAUGUGAAACUUAUACAGACCAUGAUGUUAAGCAAUGAAAUAAAAUCAAUUAUAGACGAGGCUAGUCACAGUUUUAGGCCUGGCCAUAAGAAUGACUCAAAUAGUGUUCAACUAUUGUUGUGUGGUGAUUUUAAUUCGUUGCCUGAUUCUGGUGUUAUUGAGUUUUUGAGCAAAGGACGCGUUCACAUGGACCAUUGUGACUUUAAGGAUAUGGGCUACAAGGCAUGUCUACAACGUUUACUCUCCAAUGACACGGCUGAGUUUACGCAUUCCUUUAAACUGGCCUCCGCCUACAGUGAGGACAUAAUGCCGCACACUAAUUAUACGUUCGAUUUUAAGGGCAUUAUUGACUAUAUAUUCUAUACCAAAACAGGCAUGGUACCGUUGGGCCUUUUGGGGCCCAUCUCCAACGAAUGGUUGCGAGAAAAUAAAGUCGUGGGCUGUCCACACCCGCAUAUACCCUCCGAUCAUUUUCCAUUGCUGGUGGAAUUGGAACUAAUGCAUACGGCUAGCCAACAAGCCCCACCAAAUGGCCUCAUUAGUAGACGGUAGCAAUAAAACGUCCCUACAAAGACAACGUCAUCAUCCCAAAGAAACCUCUUAAUAUCUCUACUAUUACUACUACUACUACUGCUGCUGCUACUACUACAACAACUACUGCAACUACAACUGUGUUUAGAGUUAAGAAGAAGAAGAAGGAGAAGAAGAAGUAGGAGAAGAGGUUUUCAUAAAAUUUAUGCUGCCGUUGUCAAUAUACAAUAUAAAAUCAUUGUCUUAGUUGUCGUCGUCGCCGUCAUAGUUGUCAUCAUCGCCGCCACAUCGGUAGUAUCUGUCGUCGUCGUUGUUUUCAUCAUACAACCAACAACAACAAAAACAAAUACAACCACCAACACAAGGACCACAAGAACAAUCUUCAACAAACUGAUGUCAUGAUCAUAAAUGAAUAAUUUAUUUCUUAAGUUUUAAAACAAAUUCAACAACACAACAACAAAAAACUAAUAAGUAGAAAUUAUUUCUUUUUUUAUUUUUAAUGUUUCUUUUCCCUACUAUAUCUCUAUCAUCCCUCAUCCAGCUAUUCAAUAUUUAGUUUCAGAUUUUUUACUGCAUAUCGAUCGCUGCUAUAUGUCUAUAUGUAUUUUACUUUCAAAAUUUAAAUGUAUAAAAUUAUAUUCUUCAUGGGAAAACAAGAUGAACUUGAGAUUCAAAAUUUUAAUAGCUUUAGUUUUAUAUACCAAAUUCGAAGUUGAUUUUCGAAUUUUCUUUAUAUGUGUAUGAAUUCUGCGAAUUAGUAGUAGUUCACGUACAAAAAUCUCUGCUGAAGUUAUUUUGUUGUAAAAAUUUAAUAUAAUUUCAAAUCAUUUAACUUUGCUCACGUAAAGUAGAGCUUCUCUUACUGUUUAAUAUUUUUAUUGCAAAACUUCUUAUUAAGAUUUUAAAGCUUAAAUUAAUGUUAUAGAUUUGAAUUUCACAUACAUUAAUUAAGAAUAAAAAAUUUGCUUGUUAAGUAAUCUAAAUUUCCCACUCUAAUAUUUUCACUCUUUAAACUCAUCUUUUUUUAUACUGCAAUAUUUCUAUAAUAUGUUCUCUACCUCCCCUCCAACUAUUACAAUAAUUUUACAAUUUAUACUUGAUAAAAUUUGCCUGCAUAUAUAUUAAUAUAAAGCAAUAUACACUUUCUUUUCGACAAGCGUUCAUAAUACAACGUCAAAACCAAAAUACCAAACAAAUUGAAAAUCAAGUUAACUUCCCAUUAACAAAACAAAAGAUUUAAAAAAAAACAACCUGACACGCACACAUUUUAUUUUAAUAUUUUUAUAAUUUUUUAAAAAAACGAAUAUUUGAUUUUCCAAAAGUUUUUAUAGAUACUCCUAAAGAACUGCUUGGCUUAUCUACAAAUAUUUUUUUUAUUAGAAAUUUUCUUUAAUUUUAAAAUAAUUUCUUUUAAAAGAAACUUAAAAAAUUAUUGUAAUAUUAAGUUUUAAAAUAGUAAUCAUACAUACAUACACACACACACUCUAAAAUUAAUUUAAUAUUUUUUUUAAUUUAAAUAAAGUGUAAUUUAUAUUAAUUUGUUUAAAUUAGUUUGCUUUUUUAAAAAAAAAACACAAAGACAUUAUUUUGUAUACAUCCUACAACAAUAUAUCUCUCCCUACCUCUCUCAUUGUAUCCCAAAACCUUUUCCUCAACUCCCUUCCCCCUGUCAUACAAUAUUGUUUCUUAAUAUUUUUUUUAGUUUUUAAGUAAUAAAUAAAUAAUUUAUACAUUGUAAAAUAUGCACUUUAAACAAAAAAACAAAUUUAACAAAUUUAUAGAAAAUAUAUCAUAAGAUCUAUAAAGAAUCAAACACAACAACAAACAAAAAAACAAGAAACGUCUCUUAACAUUAAAAAUUAAAAACUUAAACAAAAAAAAAAACAAGCAUUAAAAAUUUUAAA